AUGUUUUCCAAAUUCAACAAAGCUCGUUAUACUGCGCUCAAUGCUUCCCGCAGGCUGGCAAGGCACGCUUCUUCGACCAACAGCGUCGCUGGCGCUGCCACUGGCGGUUCGUCUUCUUUUAACAUCAAAAAAGUGAUCGAAAACAAUGCGGACAACAAGCCCAACGUCGUGAUCCUGGGCUCCGGCUGGGGUGCCAUCUCUUUGCUCCAGAACAUCGAUUCCAAAAAAUACAACGUCACCAUGAUCUCGCCUCGUAGCUAUUUUUUGUUCACCCCGCUACUUCCAUCAACUCCUGUCGGCACAGUGGAUGAAAAAUCGAUCAUCGAGCCAGUGGUCAACUUCGCCUUGAAGAAGAAGGGCAACGUUUCGUACUAUGAAGCCAAGGCUACCUCGAUAAACCCCGACAGAAACACAGUGACCAUCCAGUCCGUCUCCACCGUUUCCCAGCUGGCACAGCCGGACAACCACUUGGGCCUCAACCAGCAAGAUGAGGCUGAAAUCAAGUACGACUACCUUGUAAGUGCAGUCGGUGCCGAGCCCAACACUUUCGGCAUUCCUGGUGUGGAGACACACGGCAACUUCCUCAAGGAGAUUCCACACUCGCUUGAAAUCCGCAAGCGCUUUUUGUCGAACAUCGAGAAAGCUAACCUGCUUCCUAAGGGCGAUGCCGAGCGCAAACGUCUACUAACUAUUGUGGUUGUCGGUGGUGGACCAACUGGUGUGGAAACCGCUGGUGAACUACAGGACUAUAUUGACCAAGAUCUCAAGAGAUUCAUGCCUUCUGUUGCCGAGGAGGUCCAAAUCCACCUUGUUGAAGCUUUGCCCGUUGUUCUAAACAUGUUCGAGCGUAAGUUGACCUCUUACGCCCAGGACGUUCUUCAAAAGACCACAAUCAAGGUUCAUCUAAGAACUGCUGUCUCCAAAGUGGAAAAAGACCACUUGAUCGCCAAAACUAAGGCCGAAGACGGUGCAGUCACUGAACAGACCAUCCCUUACGGUACACUUAUCUGGGCCACUGGUAACAAGCCUUUGAGCAUUAUUACCGACCUUUUCAAAAAGAUUCCUCAACAGGUCGACUCGAGAAGAGGCCUGGCUGUCAACAAUAACAUGCUGGUCAAGGGUACCAACAAUAUAUUUGCUGUUGGUGAUAACGCAUUUUCCGGGCUACCUCCAACUGCUCAAGUCGCCCAUCAACAGGCCGAGUACUUGGCCAAGGUCUUCGACAGAAUGUCCAAGACUCCUAACUUCCACGCCGACCUUGCAAAGAGAACGCAAAAGGUGGACUUGUUUUUCGAGGAGAACGGUGUAAAGCCAUUUGACUAUAUUCAUUACGGUGCCUUGGCUUACUUGGGGGCCGAAAAGGCCAUUGCCAAUAUCACCUACGGUAAGCGCUCUUUCUACACAGGUGGUGGUGUUUUGACUUUCUACAUUUGGAGAGUCCUGUACGCUAUGAUGAUCUUGUCGGCGCGAUCUAGAUUCAAGGUUAUCUCCGACUGGUUCAAGCUAGCCAUUUUCAGAAGAGACUGCUUCAAAGAAUUGUAA